CAGGACUCGCCCGUGACUUUGGUGGCUGUGCUGAGUCCAGACCCAGAGAGAUGAUGAGGGCCAGGAAAAUAAUUCCCUCACGCUGCGGCUAAGGCAGGUAGGGAGGAAUAAAACAGGUCUCCGGGAAUGAUUGAUUGUACCUAAUAGUUUGUUUUCUGCCCGUUCUGUACUCCUGUGACAUAGCACUCAGAGCAGUCGCUGAAGCUGUUAGAUUGGAUCAUGUACACAGCCUUGCACGCGAUCAGGUGACCUAGCCUCUGAUCUCCCGGUUACCAAGGGCUUGCCGAGAGCAGCCCGAAUAGGAAGGCGGUCAGGGCCGCAUAUAUUACCCCUGACUGCUGCGGGGACAGCCUAGAUGACGACACACAAUACACACACUUAUCAGGCUAUCAAUUUGACCGGGGUGCUUUGCAGCUACCUAUAAUGACAGAAGCAUCCUGCUGCUUUGCGCUCUGUGUUCUGUACUCUGGCCUGUCCGCUGUACUAUCGGAAUCAUGUGGCGACCUUCUCUCAACUUCGUCACGCUACAUUAUGCAUACAUCAUUUUCAUGGGGUUGCUAUCCAUCCCGAUCCUCUACCCCUAUGGCAACCUGAAGGCUAUCGACGCCUACUUCUUCGGUGCAAGCGCCUCGACCGAGUCCGGACUCAAUACUGUCGAUGUCAAUCUCCUCAAGACAUACCAGCAGCUCUACAUCUAUUUCAUCCCUAUCCUCACGAACCUCGGCUUCAUCAAUAUUGUUGUCGUGGUGGUGCGACUAAUAUGGUUCAGGAAGCAUCUCGAGGAAGUCGCUCCCUAUCUUCUAAGAGGACCGCGUCAUCAGAGUGAUGAAAUUCACAAGGAUCUCGAAUUUGCUGCCAAAGACACCUCGACGACUGACGCCGAGGACUCGAGGACGUCGGCGAUUGCGACGGGCCAUGACUCCUAUGCUCCCAAGCGGAGCGAGCAGCCUCCGUCGCAGGUAGCUACAAGUGGUGUGGAUGCCCCUCCGGAGCAAACUCGUGAUGUCGGACGCGAUGACGAGAAGGCGGCAGAGUCUGAGCCUCAGCCGCGUAUCACUUUCGAUCCCGCCGCAGGCCAUCAUCCCCGCCGAGAAACAACGCUCUACAUCCCUGGCCCUCGUGAUCGUGAUCAAGGACAACCUAUUGUCGAGCUCAAGGACCCCCGUGUUAGCCGCGAUGAUCUUUCCAUCGACGAGAUCCCUGGUCUUAGCACCUCAUCCACAAGCCAAAUGCGCCAUCGUCGUCUCGACGGACCGCGUCUGGGCAGUGCUCGAUCCCUCGAGCGUGUCGCAACCGUCGCCAGCUCCAUGUUUGUCUUUGGCCGAGAGUUGCGCAAGGAGCGUUCAAACGUAUCCACGCAACGACCGGCACAUGCGACCGAUGACUUUCCCCAGCUUUCCCGUCAGGUGACGGUGGGGAGGAACUCGAAUUUCCUCAACCAGACAUCGCGGGAUCGCGAGGAGCUUGGCGGGAUCGAGUAUCGAAGCUUGAAGCUCCUCCUUAAGAUUGUUGUUGGCUACUUCUUUGGCCUUCAUCUUUUCGGUGCUAUCUGCCUGGUUGGCUGGAUCCAGUAUGCCAACCCCAAGUAUCGCGAUUAUUUGAAUGAGUGUGGACAGGAUAAGAUCUGGUGGGCUUUUUACUCCGCCCAGACCAUGCUUGACAAUCUCGGCUUCACUCUGACCCCAGAUUCAAUGAUCCAUUUCAAUGAUGCAGUCUGGCCGAUGCUCUCUAUGAGCUUUAUUGCGCUUGCUGGGAAUACAUUCUAUCCCGUCUUCCUUCGUCUCGUUAUCUGGACAAUGUCCAAGACUAUGCCGAGAAACUCAUCCGUCCAAGAGCCUCUAUCCUUUCUCCUCAACCAUCCUCGACGCUGCUACACGCUGCUGUUCCCUAGCGGUACGACCUGGGCUCUAUGUGGAAUCUUGGUAGUGCUCAACUUCGUCGACACGCUACUCAUCAUCGUUUUGGACUUGAAAAACGAAGCUGUUGCAAAUCUAUCACCAGGCCUCCGCGUGGCCGCCGCUAUCUUCCAGGCGGUAUCUUCGCGACACACUGGCACGGCCAGCUUCAAUUUGGCGGAUGUCAACCCGGCUGUCCAGAUAAGUCUCCUGGUCAUGAUGUAUAUCUCCGUCUUUCCUAUUGCUCUCGCCAUCCGCAGCUCGAAUACGUACGAAGAAAGGGGGCUUGGCAUCUAUGAGUCCGAGAAGCCGUGCGACGAAGACACAGGCAAGGCCUAUCUCUUGAGUCAUAUCCGGAAUCAGCUCAGCUUUGACUUGUGGUAUAUAUUCCUUGGGAUAUUCUGCAUCUGCAUCGCUGAGGCGGGCCACAUUAUGGAUGAUGAUGAUCCAGCGUUUGCUGUCUUCCCUAUCUUCUUUGAAGUAGUCUCGGCCUAUGGCAACGUCGGUCUUAGUCUUGGGUACCCAACUAUCUCGGCGUCACUGAGUGGCAAGUUCUCGACAUUUAGCAAACUCGUGAUUUGCGCCAUGAUGAUCCGUGGCCGUCACCGCGGUCUUCCCUACGAGUUGGAUCGCGCAAUCGUGCUACCCAAUGAGCAACUCGUUGAAGACGGGGUUGCCAGCAAACAUUAACAGCAAUGAUCUGUGUUUGUCGGCGGCCAAGCAUCCCACGUCGGCAUAAAGCAUCAUGCUUGAGCUUCAUGCAUGAAUGGGGCGACAGCAAGAUUUAUGCCAAGCUCGAAGUGGCUGGGUGUGGCGAAGUGUGACGGGACUGCCAAACUUUUUGGUGGUGUCGCGGGUGCGAUGUCUGUAUAAGGGAUGUCUGUACAAGGGAUAAAAAAAAUAGUUAAAAUGACAGAAGAUCCAAUUAUG